AUGUGUUGCUCCUCCGGCAGAGCUGUGGAGGCCACAGAGGGAAGAGUCCAGCAGUGCCCCCUGCUGGAGGAUUUCAUUAAUAGCCUGGUGUCAGGAGCCCUGAUGGAUCUGGCUGAAAACUCUGAGAAACCUGAGUCUCAGCGUCUCCGACUAAAUGAAGCCGACGGGCACCUGCACGCCAUCGAUUGCUCCUCCAAACAGCCUUCACCCAUUCCUGUUCCCCUCUUCCCAUCAAAAGAACCGACAGAUGCUUUGGUCAGGCUCCUCCCCUCACCCGGCUCACUGACGAGAGACAAAGCAAGAAAUACAGGAGGAACCAACCUGAGAGAAAGACUUUCGUUCACAAUCGAAAACCAAAAUCAAAACCUCGGAGUGUCGUCUAUGGAGAAGAGCUACAGGAGAAGAGCUACAGGAGAGAAAACGGGGAAUACCAAGAAGAAGAAGAAGAGAAAAAUGGCGUCACAGACAGAGGAGGAUCUUUCUUGUCCCAUCUGCCAGAACAUCUUCAAGGAUCCGGUUCUGCUGUCCUGCAGCCACAGCUUCUGCAAAGGCUGUCUGCAGAAAUGGUGGUCGGUCAAAAUCAUCAACAGUUGUCCGGUUUGCAAGGCACUGUCUCAGCAGCGCGAGCCGCCUAUCAACCUGGCUCUGAGGAACUUGUGCGAGGCCUUUCUCCGAGACCGAGACCGUGGGGCUCCGAAGAGGUCCGAGCCCCUCUGUGGCGUGCACCAGAAGAAACUUCGCCUCUUCUGCCUGGAGCACCAGCGGCCGGUGUGCCUCAUCUGCCGGGACUCCAAAGCCCACGACAAGCACACGUUCCGGCCCUGCGACGAGGCGGCCGAGGAGUACCGACCGGCCGUCCGGGAGCUCCUCAGGUCUGUCCGGGAGAAGAUGGACCUCUUCGAGAAGGUCCGCGAAGACUACGACCGGACGGCCGGGCACAUUGAGUUCCAGGCCCACCACACCGAGAGGCAGAUCAGGGAGGAGUUCGAGAAUCUGCGCCGGCUUCUGCAAGAGGAGGAGGACGCCAGGGUUUCUGCUUUGAUGGACGAAGUGCAGCAAAAAGCUCAGGAGAUGAAGGAAAAGAUUCAAGAGCUGACCAAGGGGAUGGCCUCCCUCUCUGGUACAGCCGGGGCCGUGGAGCUGCAGCUGAGGUCCGCCGACGUGCCAUUCCUGCAGAACUACGCGGCCACGGUGGAGGCGGCCCGCCGGGAUCUGCUGCUGGACGCCCCUCCAACGGCCGCCGGCGCCCUGGUGGACGUGGCCAAGCACCUGGGCAACCUGAGCUUCGGCGUCUGGGAGAAGAUGAAGGGCUGGGACCUGACCAGCGUCACGCGCCGGGAGAGGCAGAAGCUUCCGGCCAAUCCGGAGAGGAUCUACUCCUACCCCGCCGUCCUGGGAUCCGCCGGGUACGACUCGGGGACUCACAGCUGGGACGUGGAGGUGGGAGACAGCUCCUUGUGGGCCCUGGGGGUGCUAGCGCCGUCCCCUCAGAAGAAUAACAACGACCCGUCGAAGCUACUGAAGGUAGCUUUCUGCGAUGGGGAGUACACGGCGGACUCUGGGGUCGAUCCCCCGGGAGUCCUCCCGAUAACCAAGAGAUUCCACCGGAUCAGAGUCCAUCUGGACUGUGACAAGCGCAGGCUUUCGUUCUCUGACGCUGCCUCCGAAACACACAUACACACCUUCAAAUACAAUUUCUCAGAGAAGCUGUUUCCGUACUUUAACGUUGUGAACGCACAGCCGUUGAAGAUAAUGCCGGCGAAAUGA